AUGCCAGUCCCAGCACAAGUUCAACCAGGAAAGAACAUUUGGGUAGCUGCAGGCGAUGGCGAUUUACUUAGGGUUCGGGUACGUAACCUGUCUUCGCUUACGGUAGGACUGAUCCGGUUCCUCCCAGCCACGUCGCCCAAUGCUCCUGAUGAAUUCACAUAUACUCCCAUGCACGCUGCGGCGUCAUACGGGCAGCUUGAGACCCUAGCAUACCUAUUCUCUCAAGGUGGAGAUGUUAAUAUCACCGAUGAAGACGGGGAUACACCGCUAUAUGUAGUUGAAGAUACCGAGACGGCACAAUGGCUAUUGGACCACGGAUCUACCUUAGACCAUCGGAACAAUGAUGGUGCCUCCGUGCGUGAGCUAGGAUACACACAGCCUAUUGAAUAUUUGCAAGAAAACUUUCCAGAAAUUGCUGCAUAUCUGCAGUCGCGCCUAAAUCCUUCCUCAUGUACGAUCCCUGAAGCGGUGUCACCCUCGCGACCUUCUCAAUAUCAGCAAAACAUCGCGACAGAAUCCCUCACGUCAUCGCUCAUGCAGUCUGUUCAUGAUAUCAUGCAGCGGUCUGAAGCAGACGGUCGGGAUCCUGAUGAGGAGCUGAGACAAGUCGUUGGCAGAACAGUAUUAGAAGGGGUAAUAGCAGGGUAUGAGAUGACAACGGAUAGUAGCGAUGUUCAAGCUAAUGGAGUCAAGAGACCUCGAACGGAUGGUAAUAAUUAA